AUGUCAGAUAUAGAUGCAAAGACUCCUCUGUCUGCUACUAGCCAAACUCCCCCUAUUGCCCCCAACGCAAUAUCGGAUGCAAAUGAGCCUCACACCAUCGACCCGUCGAGCCUGACCACCUACCAGAAGAAACUCUACGACUUCUUGUACUCCCAAGGAUGGACCCAUACACAGUGUUCAUGUUUCAUCGCUCAGAUCGAGCCGAUGAAAGAAGCCAUCUCACGCCUUUUCUACUCGCAAGGCUGUAACACCACCCAAGUGCAGUGUCUCCACGAGCAGUGUGAGAUGGGAUUUCCAGAGCAUUUCCCAGCUCCUAGAGGUGAUGCCGACCAACAAGAUCUGCAGAUGCAGCUGAGACUCAAUGAGGAAAUGAAUCGUCGAAGGGCGAUUGGCGAGCGCAUGUACCCUUCCAUAGGCACCAUGGGGAGGGGGGUUGAUGAGGAGAGAAGGGCUUGA